CGGACGAGGUCAUUCUACCGAAUUGAAUUGAGAAGAUGUCUUUCCGUGGACGCGGCGGUAGGGGAGGUGGUGGUUUUAGGGGUGGCAGAGGAGGCGGAGGAUUUAGCAGGGGACGUCCUGGUGGUUUCGAUAGGAGCAGAGGGUAUGAUCAAGGCCCUCCAGAAACAGUGAUGCCGUUAGGACAUUUUACAUGGACGGUAGAAAAUGAUUUAGUUCUUAAAGUCGACAUUGAACAGGUACCCUUUUUCAAUGCACCGAUCUAUACAGAGAAUAAACAGCAGAUUGGGAAAAUAGACGAAAUAUUUGGGAACAUUCGAGACUACUAUGUGUCUAUCAAGUUAUCAGAAAAUGUGAAAGCCUCUAGCUUCCAGAAAGAUGCUCAGUUAUAUAUCGACCCAGCAAAGCUGUUGCCUCUUCAGAGGUUUUUGCCGAAACCUCCUGGAGAAUCAAAAAGAGGUGGUGGUGGUGGCAGGGUCAUGAAAAGAGGUGGUGGAGGCAGAGGAGGAGGUAGAGGCAGCAGCAGAGGAUCUUUCGGAAGAGGAGGAGGAGGCGGUGGCUUUGGAAACAGAAGCAGCAGUGGAGGAUUUAGAGGUCGCGGAGGAAGCGGUGGAUUUAAUCGUUCUAAUUCAGGUGGUGGUCGAGGAGGAGGGAGAGGAAGAUGGUAG